AUGAGCCCAAUACCGUUGUCCGAGAUCAAGGCUAGGUGCGAGCACCUGCCUAAGCCACGUGGUUUCUCGCAGUGGAAGAAGCAAGGCUGGAUUGAUUUCGCAAAAGCAAAUGAUGUCGACCUGUCAGCGACAGCUCCCGCAGCAGCGGAUGCGCAGAGCACCGUGCAUGUGUCCCCGCCAGAAAUGCCCAAGGUGCCUGAAGCGGCCACAACGUGCAAGGACAGCACACCUGCUUCGGGUGCACCCCCGGGUGGCACCUCCACACAUGGCUGCAAUGCGGUUGCCUUAUCAGUCGUGAAGUGCGCCCUGAAGAAGGCUAUGAGCCUCACGGACGAAGAGUUUGGAAUGUUUUCAGCUCAGGUUGAGGAGCUGGUGCAGUACCCUGGAGCCAGAGCACGAAUCACCGUAACCCGAGACAAAACGACUAAAGAGGAGAAAGUGACCUUAAAGGUGACUGGGUACGAGGCAAAGGUGACAGAGAAAGAAGUUUCUGACUUCAAUCAGCCCGACGGACUGGACCAGGUCAUUCAGUACGCGGGCAUCGGAUUCAAGACAGUAGUUCUAAACAAUGUCUGGUACCCGCUCUUCGCACGGCUAGGCCGCCUGACAAAGGCCUACAUGCACCAGAUGUGCAAGAAGCACCACCACAAGAAGACACCUUGGUCCAAGGCGCAUGCUGUCGUGCAACUCAUCCGCAGCGGCAAGCCGAUACCUGCAUGGCCUGCUUACGUCGUGGCAUACAUAAAAAAUGCCAGGGCAAAGCUGCUGGAUGCAGCGGGCAGCACAAUGUACGGCUCCUUGAACGGGCAUGCACUGCAAGCCCGGCAGGACGAGCUGCUUUCUGCGCACGAAAACAAGUACCUGUGGGACGACCACGCCAAGAAGAAGAUGACGUUCCAGGCUGCCAUGCAGUUCAACUUUUGGAUGCAGAAGCAGUUUGAGUCCCUACACCAGAAGAAAAUGAGGCUGAUGCCUGUGUUUGCAGUCAAGCGUUCGCAUGUCCGCCUCGACACGAAAAGCCUUCUCCACAUCUUCUGCUCCCUCUUUCCCAAUGAUCACAACGUCAAGCUCAUGAAAUCAUUCUGGAACCAGGACGCAUUCCUGGAGAAGUGUGGCCUGCCCGGCAGCGCGCACCCAGACACGUACAUGCUGCCCCCGAAGCCUCCCGAUGGCACCACAGACAAGGCGCUCCUUGCACAGUACCAAAGCGCCUGCAGCAGGAUCAGAAACACCGACGCGUACAGGUCUCAGCAGGCAAGGCACCGGGCACUGUCAGAGACAGAGGACAGGGUCGUCAAGUCCUUCUUCCGGUGCCUGCCAGUCAAGAAUGGGUACAAGUUUGACUGCAGCAUCUCAACGGACGGUGUUGCGGUCAGCCUCCAGUACUCAAAGCCAUCAAAGGCAGUGACCGCAAAGCGCAAGCGCUCGGCAGGCAUGCGCAGCAGUAACGUUGCGACAGAUGCAUACGACCAGAACCUCGACAUGUACGACCCUGAGGAGGGCGUGCUCACGCUAGGGUUGGAUCCAGGCCGCUGCAGCCUGGCAACGGUGUCUGUUGUGACACAGUACACCCUCGAUAGCACAGGGAAGCUAAAGCUCGGUGAGAAGCUGAACCGCCACAGCUGGUCCCUCUUACGCGGGGAGUAUCAGCAUAAGUCGGGCAUUCGAACCUCCACCAUCAAGAAGGCACAGCGUGAUGCCCCACUGCAACCCGCCUUCCAGGCGCUGGCAGUUCCGGGGUGUGCCCUCAGGACAGCACAGUCAGGCACGGUUCUUCGGUACAUAGCGGACUCACAGCACUGCAUGAACGAGUGGUGGGAGCGGGCGCUGUCUAGGCAGGAGGCCAUGGCCAGCUUUCAAGGGUACAUAGGCAAGCGCAAGGCGCUAGACUCCUUCUUCAGCCGAGUUCUGAAGGAGGCAAAGAAGCUGGUACCGAAGAGAACAAAGAUAGAGGUAGCUUACGGAGAGAGCGGAAUCACAAUGAGUCCUGCGGGCAAGGGAGAGCAUAGCAACUACUACGAGUGCCCUUGGGAAGAGGACAAUCCAGAGCUUGUCUGGACCCAAGUGGAAGUGUACCUGAGAGAAAUCAAGAAAAUACAGCCCGGUGGAAAAGCAGCAGAACUGCUACAGAGUCACGCGGAGUGGUCCGUGCUGUGCUCCAUCUUCUUCUCCAACCUGAUUGAGGGCAAAGGCCUUUCUCAGUCAAACACUGCAUCUCUCGUCAGGGCCAUCCUCCAAGGGCAGCAGUCCCUGCCGAGCAACAGCAGCAGCUCCAAUAAGAGAGGGAAAAAGUCCGCGCAAGACGUUACGCAGCAUGCCGUUGCCUUCGUCUUCCUCAAGCAGCAUAUCGUGGUGGAGAAGAAGAAGCUCACACCCCAAGUCGUUCUGGACGCCCACAAGAUUCUGAUGGACGGCAUGGUUCGCGAGGACGGCCUGGCCAUCAGCGCUGGUUCAUACCGUAGCACCAUCGCGAACGCGGGCUAUCACCUCUUCCCGCCACCGGCGUCCGUCGAGAGGUCGCUGGCUGUUCUGCUGGAGGAGUACAACGAACGCGCAGCCUCCUCGGAGGAGGACCCCUUCGCGUUGGCUGCAUGGCUGAGCUACGAGUUUGUGAGCAUCCAUCCCUUCGAAGACGGCAACGGCAGGAUGUGCCGGUUGCUGCUCAACAUGGUGCUCCUGUCAUUCGGCGUGCCGUUCUGCUCAGCGCUGGGCUUCUCAUCAGGCCACCGGCAAGCCAAGCAGCAGUACCUGCAGAGCAUUCAGAAUGCGCGGAAACAUGGCGGGUUGCCCAAGCGGCUGGCGUUCAUCGUGCUAUGCAGCAUCCGCAGCAGCCUUGCGGCCUUCUUUGAGACCUUGCGCGUCUCAGCAAAGGAGGAGUAUCCAAGAAUUGCGCCUGUGCUGGAGGGACAGAGCUCGCAGCAAGCUUCCUCAUUACAAGGACUUUCUGCGGAGCACAUCACGGGAGAUCUGAAGAUGCACGCCCUGCUGUGCGCCAUGCUGCACGCCCGCUUCAAGAUCCUGGGCUUCCGCACCGACUGCGUCUACGCCAUAUCCCCCACCCGCCGCGUGGAGGCCUGGCUAUCCCGCAUGCGGGGCGCUCCGCGCCCGGGUCGGGCUCUGCCCGGCCCAGCCCACGCGCUGCUCCCCACCAUAGGCUCCGGCCUGGGACAAAUCAAGGUCAAGGUGCUGCAGACCGCCUCUGACCUGCCAGGCAACCCUCUGAACGACACCCCCCUCCUCCUAACAGACCUGGUACCCCUGCUGGCCAAGAGGCCCAAGAAGGACGGCGCAAAGACGCCCCUCCCUGCAGCCCCACGCACCUUCCACUACGAGACCUCCCAGUCCGUGGCCGAGGACCUCCCCAACCGCACUCUGGCCCUCUGCAGGGCCGGCAGGGCCAAGACCCACACCAUCGUCACCGCCGCCAAGCGCCACGGCAAGGUCCUAGUCUGCUGCCCUUGGAACGCCCAGACGCGCAGCAUAGCCUGCGACCACGGGGUGGACACGUGCACCUUUAACGCGCUGAUCGGAAUGGACUCGGAGGACAGCCUGCGCCUGGCACCCAAAGACGUAACGGCCUACGACGUGAUAGUGUUUGACGAGGUGAUGCUGCUGCCCCAUCGCAGCCUGGUCCUGCUGCAGCGCUACAUGCAGCGCCACUCCCAGAAGCGCUUCUACACCACGGGCGACCCCAGCCAGCUGGAGCCCAUCGGCAGCAACGUGAGCCAGGCCGCCCUGGUCAAGGCCGUCAAGCAGCUCUUCCCCAACACACUCACCAUCCGCAAGAGCGCCCGGGCCGUCGACGGGGAACGCCUGCUUGCCCUGGAGGCCGACCUGCUGGAGGGGGGCAUGCCAGUGGAGCAGGUUGCGGCCAAGUACUUCAAGACAGUCACCCUAUCAGAGGCCCUCUCGCUGGGAAUUGGGAAGGCCGUCGCCUACUACAACAGGACAGUAGACAGGCUGAACGCGGCCUUCCACUCCCACGCUUCUGGAAGCGGUGCUUCUCACGGCGCGCCUUCCCACGCGGACGGCAUAUCCCCCGCCCCUCAAGCCGCGCCCAGCCCAGCCCGGCCUGUCUACCGCCCCGGAGACCGGCUGGUCUGCAGGACCACGUUCUGGCACGACAAGGCCCGCUUCUGCACCAACUACCAGUACGAGGUUGUGAGCAGCGAAUGCACCACCAUAACCCUGCGCGACCUGGGGGGUACGCGUGCCGAGGCACGCGGGUGUGGCUCUGCCACACCGGGGGACGAGUCCAAGGCGGCUGUACAGCCGCCGGCGAGCUCCGCUCGCUCCCCCAAAGAAACCCACGCGCUGAGCGCUGAGCGGGUCAGGGAGUGCUUCCGGUCGUCCUACUGCGUCACGGUGCACAGCGCGCAGGGCCAGACCUUCGAGGGCAAGCUCCUAAUCGGCGAGUGGUCGGGCAACCCCUUCGCCAGCUCCAACUGGUUCUAUACCGCACUCACCCGUACUCGCUGCCUGGACGACGUGUACCUCUUGGUGGAGCGAGCGGAGCAGUGGGGCCAUCCCCCCGAGCAGCCCAAGAGCAUGGCCGCGGCCAUGGUGGAGGGCUACAGGUCCCAGGACAGGGCAGCCGGCCGCCCCACAGACUCCGCCUCUUACGUGACGGCCGAUUGGAUCCUCAGCUGCCUGCGUGCUUGCGGUGGGCUGUGCCGCGGCUGUGGGCGCUUCAUGGUGCUGGAGACGAACAACGAGUCCAAGCCCACGGUCAACCGCCUCAACAACGCCCUGCCGCACACCCAGGAGAACUGCGAGCUGCUGUGCAAGCACUGCAACACCGGCAAGCCGAUACCUGCAUGGCCUGCUUACGUCGUGGCAUACAUAAAAAAUGCCAGGGCAAAGCUGCUGGAUGCAGCGGGCAGCACAAUGUACGGCUCCUUGAACGGGCAUGCACUGCAAGCCCGGCAGGACGAGCUGCUUUCUGCGCACGAAAACAAGUACCUGUGGGACGACCACGCCAAGAAGAAGAUGACGUUCCAGGCUGCCAUGCAGUUCAACUUUUGGAUGCAGAAGCAGUUUGAGUCCCUACACCAGAAGAAAAUGAGGCUGAUGCCUGUGUUUGCAGUCAAGCGUUCGCAUGUCCGCCUCGACACGAAAAGCCUUCUCCACAUCUUCUGCUCCCUCUUUCCCAAUGAUCACAACGUCAAGCUCAUGAAAUCAUUCUGGAACCAGGACGCAUUCCUGGAGAAGUGUGGCCUGCCCGGCAGCGCGCACCCAGACACGUACAUGCUGCCCCCGAAGCCUCCCGAUGGCACCACAGACAAGGCGCUCCUUGCACAGUACCAAAGCGCCUGCAGCAGGAUCAGAAACACCGACGCGUACAGGUCUCAGCAGGCAAGGCACCGGGCACUGUCAGAGACAGAGGACAGGGUCGUCAAGUCCUUCUUCCGGUGCCUGCCAGUCAAGAAUGGGUACAAGUUUGACUGCAGCAUCUCAACGGACGGUGUUGCGGUCAGCCUCCAGUACUCAAAGCCAUCAAAGGCAGUGACCGCAAAGCGCAAGCGCUCGGCAGGCAUGCGCAGCAGUAACGUUGCGACAGAUGCAUACGACCAGAACCUCGACAUGUACGACCCUGAGGAGGGCGUGCUCACGCUAGGGUUGGAUCCAGGCCGCUGCAGCCUGGCAACGGUGUCUGUUGUGACACAGUACACCCUCGAUAGCACAGGGAAGCUAAAGCUCGGUGAGAAGCUGAACCGCCACAGCUGGUCCCUCUUACGCGGGGAGUAUCAGCAUAAGUCGGGCAUUCGAACCUCCACCAUCAAGAAGGCACAGCGUGAUGCCCCACUGCAACCCGCCUUCCAGGCGCUGGCAGUUCCGGGGUGUGCCCUCAGGACAGCACAGUCAGGCACGGUUCUUCGGUACAUAGCGGACUCACAGCACUGCAUGAACGAGUGGUGGGAGCGGGCGCUGUCUAGGCAGGAGGCCAUGGCCAGCUUUCAAGGGUACAUAGGCAAGCGCAAGGCGCUAGACUCCUUCUUCAGCCGAGUUCUGAAGGAGGCAAAGAAGCUGGUACCGAAGAGAACAAAGAUAGAGGUAGCUUACGGAGAGAGCGGAAUCACAAUGAGUCCUGCGGGCAAGGGAGAGGGUCCCUGCGUGGAUGCGGAAGGCGCGGGAACCGUACCUUGA